GUAUAUUUUAUAUAUAUAACUGACAAUUUCGAACUCUAUGGCUACGUAUGAAAAGGGAAAAUUCAAAUCAUCCCCAAGUAUAAAAAGGCUUAUAUAUAUAUAAUUUGCUGGGAACAUUUGGACCCAAAAGAAAUUUUUUGUUGGGAAAUUGAAAAAAUGUCAAAAUCUUGCAAAGGUUUGGCUAUGGAACUGGUGAAGUGUCUAAGCGAAUCAGAUUGUGUUAAGGUUGAGAAGCGUUCAGUUAGGGAAUGCGCUGGAGAGAAAAGCCCUUGUAUACCAAGCGAAUGUGUUGGACUCAGAGAAACUUAUUUCAAUUGCAAAAGAGGACAGGUUGACAUGAGAGCUAGGAUCCGUGGGAACAAGGGCUACUAAGUGAAAGGGGGAUGCCAUCAAAUUCUUGAAAGCAUCCGUUGUAUUGGUUUAGGGUGAAUCCAAAAUUCCCGACUUUUUUGUCUCCCUGAAUUCUGUGUGAUAACGAUUUUUGUCCGAGAGUUAAACCGUUAGACGAAUUUCCCAUGUUACCAUGAUUCAGCUUCCUAGCUUUUACUAAAAUGAGGUAGAUUCCUAACCAUACUGUCUUGCAGAGUUAAUUCAUUAAUUCACACUGUUACAAUAUAAUAAGAAGGCUUUGGAUUAGUGUUGGAUAGA